AUGCCUCUCUUCUGUUUCUUGUCUGCUGGACUUGGGGCAUUCAUUAUUGCGGCUGCUACAGCUGACUUUCCAGCUGGCCUUCUUCCUGCUGGAUUUUUUGCUGGCUUUCAGCUGGUCUUAUCGCUUUUUACGCCUUUCAGCUGCUGGUUUUCAGCUGGACUUCCAGCUGGUUUUAUUGUUUCUCCAGCUGGACUUUUAGCUGAUUUUUCAGCUGAUUUUCAUGCUUUUGCGCCAUUCAGCAGUUCCUUUGGGCCUUGGGCUUGUGUAGAAGAUUUUCUUUUGAAUGUUUAA